AUGCGAGCACUCAUCCGCCUCCCCGUCGAGGCCGGGUCCGGGAUCCCGCCAAAAGCAACGACCUCCUCCCUAGUAACUCCUCGCGCUGAAACCCGCGAAGGGUCAACCAAGGAUACCGGAGGAGGUGGCUGCGGGCUCCCAUACCCCUCGGACAAGUGCCCCAAGCCGAGACCCAUAGCAACGGGUACGCUGGGAGGAGGCUCGGACCUCCUGACCGCCGACGAGGAAGGAGGAGUCAGGGCCGCCUGCCCCAAACCCCCCUCCCCCAACGCCACAGAAGGCGCGGGCGCCGCCACAGCCGAAGGAGAUGCGGUCCUCCUGACCGCCGGCGAGGAAAGAGGAGUCAGGGCCGCCUGCCCCAAACCCCCCUCCCCCAACGCCACAGAAGGCGCGGGCUCCGCCACAACCGAAGGAGAUGCGGUCCUCCUGACCGCCGGCGAGGAAGGAGGAGUCAGGGCCGCCUGCCCCAAACCCCCCUCCCCCAACGCCACAGAAGGCGCGGCCGCCGCCGCCACGCCCGAAGGAGAGAGAGCCGAGGCCGCCUGCCUCGGGCCUCCUCUCCCAGCACCCGCCGGUCCCGUCAUGACCAGCGAUGCCGAUGUCGGGAUAGUGAAGGGGGAAGUGGGAGCCACCUACCCCGACCCCCCCCCACGCCCCACCUCAGCCGCAGCCGUUAUGUCCGAAACGUCGACCUCCGGUGGAGCAACCACCGACUCCCCGUCCCCGGAGCCAACCAAAGUCCUCACCGACGAUGUCCGCACCAAGCAUCCAGCCAGUGCCCCACCGGCAUCCUCGAACUCCAACAAAGGUAGUGACUGCUCAAACGCAUCAUCAGAAUCUACCCGGUCACUCCAAAGUCUGGGAGAGGCAGAGGCUGGCUCAAAGGACCCGAACCGCAACGAAGUCAUAGGCACCGAUGGUGAAGGUGCCGGCUCAACCCCGGUCUCAUCCCCGGUCUGA